AGGUCACCUCAGUACUCCUCUUUCGAUAUUGCCUCGCCUUUCCCGCGAUACAAAGCUGCUAGUGGAGUCUCGCCAAGAUGGACAAGGGUAAAGGUAGAGCUACUUCUGCCUCUGCCGCCGCGAGUGCCGCUGCAGGUCCAUCGACUACUGCUGGCGCUGGCGGUGCGGGCGGCGCUGGGAUCCGCGAUGGCAUCGAGGAUUCGGAGCUGACGUACAAUGAGACGAUCGAUGCGAUUGUGCAGUUUCUCGAGGCUGCCUUUCACACGAUAUUGUAUAUACGUGGAGUGUACCCUGCUGAAAUCUUCAAGAUGCACCGCCUCUACUCUCACCCGGUGUAUCGCUCUCGUCACCCAGGCCUGAACGAAUACCUCAGCACUGUCCUCGCCUCAAUCCGGAGCGAAGUUCGCGCUUCUCGCGUAUCCCAGGUACUCCUAGUCCUGAAGAGCGCCACAACGGGCGUCUUCCUAGAGCGGUACGUCUUCCGCCUCUCCUACCUCCUCGAAGGAGCGCACGCGAUCCCUCGCGCAGACCGAGAUCUGAGCAUACGGGAUAAUGUUACUUUUCGAGAACUCUCGGCGAUCUUCAGGGGGUUUCUGAUGAAGCUGGCGGUGUGCGAGGUGGGGUUGGAGGGAGUGCCGGAUGAGGAAGAUUUGGAGUUUGCAAUCAUGGUGCUUGCGAGGGAGGGGUGUAGGGUGGGACCGCAGGGGGAGGACCCGAAUCAACCUGAUGAGGGGAUGUGGGUGCCGGCAGAUGAUCGGGAGGGGUUCUUCCCAGGAGAGGAGGCGAAGAGAAAUGGAGAUGGCGAUGAGGAGAUGAACGGGAGUGGAAGUGAGCUGAGGGCCAGGAGGCAGACGGGGAGGAGUGGUGAGAAUGGUGCAGAGGCGGAAGAGGGAGCGACCAUUCUGCCGAUCAAGUCGCUCGACAGUGGUGUCAUCAAUCUCAUGCUCUACGUGGAAGACAACCCCACCAGCAAGGCCACUCUGCGUCGCUCUGCCCGCUCCCGCUCGCAACGACCAGCAAGCACACAUACCACGCCGCGCCGUCCGCCUUCACAGCGUCAUCGCAACCAGCGCCCAGGGGGAGAGGACAUCGAGGUCGAUCCUGCCUUGUCUCUGCAGGACAGCGGUGAUAGGGAUAUCGAGGACCUCCUGCAGCGCGACGCUACAGGCGCACCUCCCGGCUCCCGCGCUGGAGGAGGUGAUGCUGACGCCUCGAGGGGUACAAAGCGCAAAGGUAUCGCUCGUCGCUCCUCACAACGUACACCACGCUCAAAAGGCAAGCUCAAGGGCAAAGGCAAGGGCAAGACUCGCGCUCCCACCCUCACGCACGAAGACGAGUCCGACGAGGACCUUUCUGACUCGUCUGCCUCACCUAUAAGUGACGACGACGAUGGAGCAGGAGGAGGUAGUGGGAGUCGUAGUCCGAGCUCAGACGAGAGGAGCGAUGCGAGUAUUGUCAGUGUGGGGGACUUCGCCGGCUAUGGUGGUGCGGGCGCGGGGAUGGGUGGUGGGGGGAUGAGUGCGGCUUGGUGACAGGCGCGUGGGGACGAUAGGAACAGCGCUGCGCUUUCGGUCAUGGGUUGCAAGUCAUCUGUGCACAAUGUAAAGAUUGCAAUCGUAUUGUAUCAAAGCUGUGAGUAUUAUGGAGCGUCUACAGCGAAAGUGCUUUUACAAUCAAGAUGGAAGCCGU